CGCGACAAGGUGGGAGAGGAGCUGCGGCCACGGCGCCAGGAUGGCGUACCGGACUUUCCGCCAGGAGUACCUUCAUAUGCCUGUUGUCACCCGGGCCUACACCACCGCCUGUGUCCUCACAACCGCCGCCGUGCAAUUAGAAUUAAUCACCCCGUUUCAGCUAUACUUCAACCCAGAAUUAAUAUUUAAAAACUAUCAAGUAUGGAGGCUGAUUACCAACUUCCUUUUCUUCGGACCAGUUGGAUUUAAUUUUUUAUUUAAUAUGAUAUUUUUAUACCGCUACUGCCGAAUGCUUGAGGAAGGAUCGUUCCGAGGUCGGACGGCAGACUUCGUAUUUAUGUUCUUUUUUGGCGGCCUGUUAAUGACUAUAUUUGGCUUGUUUGUCAACCUGGUUUUCUUAGGGCAGGCAUUCACAAUAAUGCUGGUGUACGUCUGGAGCCGCCGGAACCCUUUUGUCCGCAUGAACUUUUUUGGGCUUCUCAUCUUCCAGGCCCCAUUUCUUCCCUGGAUUCUCAUGGGGUUUUCACUGUUAUUGGGCAACUCUAUUAUCGUGGAUCUCCUAGGUAUUGCUGUAGGCCAUAUAUAUUUCUUCUUAGAAGAUGUUUUCCCGAAUCAGCCUGGUGGAGUAAGGCUGCUCAAAACGCCAUCUAUUCUGAAAAUAAUAUUUGAUUCACCAGAAGACGACCCCAAUUACAACCCUCUGCCUGAAGAACGGCCAGGAGGCUUUGACUGGGGUGAAGGCCAGCGUCUUGGAGGCUGAACA